UCAAGUUUCAAACUGCUCGGUCAGGUAAAGGUGACAAAGUUUAUUUAGAGCGGAGAAUAAAUAGUGUGAUGUGAAACAGCAUAUACUACUUGGUUAUUUCAGAGAUUGUGGAAUAGGUUAAUGCAUAAUAUUGAUAAGAACUCGAAUGUAAUGUGAGAGAAACCAACCUACUCUAUGACAAUAGAUCUUUUUAUGUGUCGACUUAUAUAAGAAGGUAUGUUGUAUCUAUCGCUACAUUUUUGCCAUUUAAAGGCAAAUAAAGAACAUACUUUUAAGAACACAAUGCUUCCUUUAAAUAUAAAAAUGACAACAAAAGUACAGUGUCACCCUAUCUUUCUUCCCCUAGAUGUCACUGAACAAGGCCAGUAUGUUUUGCCUAUUUCUAUGUAGAUGUGUAUAUUUCCUUUGCUUACUGUGUGAUAUAAAGCUACUCUGAACCGGUUUCAGCUGUUCAGCUUUACUGCAAUAAUCAGGACUGAUCAGGAGAUAAGAGGAGAGUGAGGAUGCUCCUCCCCGACUAACUCUCAGGAACUGCCUUCCCUAAAUGCAAUUUAGAGAAGGAGCUUACACACUAAUGUCCAAGAGGAGAUAAAGUUAGUCUUAAAAUGAAAUCUUGGAAGUCAAAAUAUAACCUCCGCCACCAAAGCUCUUUGGGUAAUGAGCACUCGGUGUGAAUGAGGAAGCCAGACAGCGCCGGGAUAUAUCGGUGUUGGCACCUGUCACAACUGUUUUCCAAAGUGAUCGUGACAAAGUCAUUGUGUUGAAAGGUCUUUUCGUUCUUUUGGACUUUUAACUCUGCAAGUGGACUUUUCAAGCUGAGUUGAGCUCUAUAUGGUAAUACCUAUCUCCUGGGAAUCAUAAUCUCCAUAUGUGGGAAUAUGCUCAUCAGCAUUUCACUCAACAUACAGAAAUAUGCCCACAUCCGUCAGACUCAGCGAGGCUCCAAGCCCUACUACAGGUCUGUGGUGUGGUGGUGCGGUGUGGCCCUCAUGGGUGUCGGGGAGCUGGGGAACUUUGCUGCCUACGGCUUUGCCCCAGCAUCGCUCAUAGCCCCGCUGGGCUGCGUGUCUGUCAUAGCCAGCGUUUUCAUAUCUGUGGUUUUCCUCCAGGAGAAGAUGCGCGUCUCUGACAUCGUUGGUGGCUCCCUGGCCAUAACAGGGACGUAUGUCCUGGUGACGUUUGCCCCCCACACCACCACACCCAUCACAGCCCAACUGAUCCAGUACUACGUCGUCAGCUGGUACUUCCUGCUUUACCUUUUCUUAGAGGUGAUCGUCUUUUGUAUCCUGCUCUACGUGUACAAGAGGAAGAAUGUGAAGCACAUCGUCAUUGUGAUGCUGCUGGUGGCCCUGCUCGCCUCUCAGACAGUCAUCUCAGUCAAAGCCGUGUCAGGGAUGAUCACAGAGUCCAUAACAGGCCAGCUACAGCUCAUCUACUCCAUCUUCUACGUCAUGCUCGUCAUCAUGAUCGCCUCCUGCGCCUUCCAGAUCAAAUUCCUCAAUCAGGCAAUGAAAAUGUUUGAUGCCACCGAGGUGGUUCCUAUCAACUUUGUGUUUUUCACCGCCAGUGCCAUUGUUGCAGGGAUAGUGUUUUACCAGGAAUUUGAAGGCUUGGCUUUACUAAACAUUUUCAUGUUUCUUUUCGGCUGUCUGCUGUCCUUCCUCGGAGUUUUCCUGAUAGCCCGAAACAGGCCAAAAAUAAAGAAACAAGAUUUCAUCGCAAUGGAGAAGAUUCCAAGGAGAAGCCACACAGACCACGUGCAGCCGGAGGCCAAGACUCAGACAUACGGCUCGCUGGCAGCCAGACUCAUGUGCAUCCGGACCCACGACGACUUAUAGGGGCUGCAAUAUUGGGUGGAGUUGUGUGUGUGUGCAUAAUUCCUCCCGGGUACUUCAAUAAUAUAUAUUUAUAGAAAUGAAUGGUAGGCAUCAAUUCACAAUUGGUGGCCAUAUUGGUCUUAGAUUUAUCAAAAAUACUCUUUAAAUAUACCAGAAAUCUCUCAAGUUAAAAGUAUUUGUGUUAUGUGGAAACAUAAUUUGAGAAAAAAGGGUCAGGGAGGGCACCGUGGUAAAUGUCUUCUAAUAUAACAUGUGUAUUAAGUUCAUCAGUUGAAUAAAAGGGUCUGUGUGAUCAGUUGUCAAUGAACAAGAUCUGCUGUUUCACAGUGUGGAGAGUUCAUGAAGUUCAGCUAAACAAGUGCACUGUUGCCCUCUACUGGUGGGGAGGCUCAAAGACGGGCACACGGCUUAGUACAUGUGUGGUGGUGAUCUGGAGUGAAGUGAAUUAUCUUCAUAUGAAAUGACAGAAGUAGCUCAGUAGAAGUUAUACACUGUAAACCCUCCCUGGUGUCUGUUGCUCACUCAUAUCCUCCAGCAUGCAUCUCUCUCAAACCACAUUCCAGGAAGAUGUAACGGAGCUCUCUUCAAAAGCACUAGUGCCCGGCCAUCUUUCCCUCAAAUAAACCUCACUCUACUACACUCAACUGCUACCAAACUUUAGUGUUGCUGAGCAACAGAACUCUUACCUGCCACCUACACAUUAUGGGAUGUGUGGGAAACCAGUGUUCAUGCCAGUAUAGCUAUAAAAACAAUAGUAAAGCAUCAGUUGUUCAGUGCAUUUACUUACCAGGGCCAGGCCACGGUGCUGGAACACUUCAACAGAAAGUGACAGCAAUUAACCAAAGAGGACAAACUCUGCUAAAUGCAGCAUGGGUAUUUUAUUAGCUCAUGUUCAAACAAGUUUCAAUUCAGUGGCGCUUUUGAAACCGAAACUUUUCUCAAAUUCAAAAUUCAUUCAUAAAUUCAUAGAAAUCAUUUUGGAAACCCAGUUGUAUUUAAGUGAUCUCUUUGUGGAGCAUUCCUCGGACACAGGCGUCUGUAUGAAAACACAACCAGCCUUUCUCAACUGAAACCAUGAGGAUGCCUUCCAGAGUUAAAUAUACACAACUAAAAAAAAGAUUUGUCCAACAACACCACCAAGUAACUGCAUGCCAUCAAGUCUUCAGUACCCCAUCAGGGCACAGGGAUCACUGCGUGAAUGAAGCAGCAUGCGACUUCAUUACAGAUCAUUUCAGGCCUCUGCGGGACAGAAGCCGUGUUGAUCUUCAAUCACACCUCUAGGUUGACUUUAGCGAAGCGGUAGUGCAGGGAUGCAGGGUUGCGCAACAGCAACGUCCCUCUGUGUCCCACCGGCUGGUUGAGGAGGGUGUUGAGGAGACCGGUCACGCUGACGAACCCCAGCGCCUCCCCGCAUCCUGCGGACAGGGAGAAGUCGCCCUGGGUGACCCAGCCUAGCGUCACCCGAGAGCAGUGAGCGGUGACACUCGGCAGAGGGUCCGGCCACAGCCCGAAGGUGAGGUCCGGGGAAGACUGGGGGGAGGAUUUGGGCCCUUCAGAUGUGGUGGGGUUUGGUUCAGAGUCUGAGGGAGGGUCUGACUCUUUGCCCUCCGUCUCAUCUGAACACAGAAAUGAGACGGCAGCUGUCUUGGGGCUUUUCUUUCGGCGUCUAAUUCGACUUUUAAAGUGGUCUCUGUGCAGCGGCUCCUGGGGGCCGCUGCCGCCGGGCUCUUUGUCCAGCAGCUUCAGGUCCUCCGCGGUCGGCACGCACACCAUGGCGUGGAGCUCUGGUCUGCCCUUGGACAGCAGCGACAGGCGCACCCACACCAGACUCGUCCCAUGUGCUGAGAGAAACGGCGUCAUGGUCGCCUGGUCGAGAGGAGACACGCCGCCACCGCAGCGCACCCUUUGACCUUUAGAUGUCGUGGGUCUGCACCAACUGGAGAGCAACCUCAGCGACUUUCUGUUCCUGGGAAGCAUUAAAAAAAGAAACAAAAAAACAAUAUCCAUUUAGAAAAGUGAUUGAUAUGCAAAAAGGACCGUUGCAUUGAGCACCCCGAGGGACAUGCAAUUUGGUUGAAGCACAUUUUUUAAUUCCUAAUGCUGAAAAGAAAAAGACAGCCAAACAGCUUAUAAAACAAAAACACUGCUGUGUUGAGUUUAGUUCUUGCUGUAUGACCGACAUCUUUUUAAUUUGUAAUUAUUAUUUCAGUACUAUGAUUUUCACUGUCCUUGUUUUAUAAGGACAGUGAAAAUCCAUCUCAUUUUUUCCUCAUAGAGUCGGUCGUUACUCAAAGCUGCUGUGAUGGUUUUGAGGAUAGAUGCAGCUCUUCCCCCUCCACUAAUCUCUGUGAUGUAUUGCAGCAAUUUAAGGCUGGAAGUACUUUGGGUGUUCUCAUCAGAGACGUGAUGAUGAAAGGGAGGUAGACGGGAGAAGCACCAUGCAUCUAGCCUGUCAAAAGCUGCGUCGAGUUCUUUUAUAAAACAAAUAGGAAAGUGAUGAUUGGAAGCCAACAACCCCCCCCCCACCCCCCCACUAAAAACAGUGAACAUUUCUUCUCAAGGGACCUUUAAAAAUCAAGUGCAUUAAUAUUGUUAGAAGUGUGAUUUAGAUGUGCACGAUGUAAAAUGGAGUUUGUAAAGCUGCAGUGGGUGUGUCUUGAGUCAAUACUGACAUGAGUUUAUUUUCAUAAUAAGACAAGCGAGAGGAUGACAAAAAAGAGGAGAACAAAUAUUAAGUAUACAAGACAAACAUGUACCUCAGUACAGUGACUCGGCUCGGAGGCUUUGUGACAGUGACGUCUGGGCAUGGCGUCGCCGCCUCCUCCAGCACCACGUCGGCCUCCGUUGCGGUGUGGGUCUGGCCGUCUCCUUCCCGCGCCUCUCCUCCUUCCCGUGCCUCUCCUCCUUCCCUCAAGAUGAGCUCCCACUCCUCUGCCAGCUGUUGCCACGGGCAACAGAACGGGGCCAGACAGCCGUGUUUAAUGUAAUUGGUCCUUUUGGCGGGCGGACGCCUGCGGGAGGGGGGGGUCAGAUGGUCAAACCCUUGUCAAGCUGUUUGGGGGCAAUCCUGCUAAUUUAUGAAACCAAUCAUGACUGCUGCUUGGUUAGAUAGUACAGGAAGAGCAGCACGGCGCCUUUAUUAUCCUUGUGUGUGCAGAGUGGGAAUAGAUCUGCAUAUGGGAAUUAACCGGGGUCAGAGCUCUGGAGUGCUUCCCUCUAAUGCAGGGAAAAUGUAAUGGUGGUCUAAUGGUGUAAUAAUUAAUAUAAUUUAAAAAAAUCGUGAAA